GCAGUGCUCUUAUAUAAAAUGGAAGUAACGGAGUGGCACGGUAAGUCUGGACAGCUAAUUUGGUCGUGACUUGUGAGAGAGAAAGAUAGAACCCGGCCAUCUUUGAUCGAGAGAGCUGAGAGAAUAUGAGGGAGAGAUAUGGAGAUGAAUUUGUGGCCAGUCCGUAUAUGAACUCAUAUGACACAACACCAGAGAGAGAGGCGCUGCAGCAGCAACACUCUUCUCUAUCCGAACCUGGGAGCUUGUGGCACAGCCCCUCAUCUUCUUCUGUUUCAGAGGGCUCUUCCUCCUUCAAAACCAGUCGUGAUUCAAACUCCAGGAAAAGCCUCAAGAAAACAUUUGGUGACAGGAAAAGCAGCAGUUUUGCCUACAGGAUACGCGAGCACGUGAAACUUGGGCAAAAGUUUUCUGAAACUGUCAAGGGAAAGUUGAAUUUGGGGAAAAGAAUUAUUCAAGAAGGUGGAAGGGGAAAUAUAUUUAAACAGAUAUUUGGAGUGAAUGAAGGUGAAGAGCUGUUGAAGGCCUCACAGUGCUACCUAUCAACGACUGCUGGUCCUAUUUCUGGACUCCUUUUCAUUUCUACUCAGAAGCUUGCUUUUUGCAGUGAAAGAUCUAUCAUUGUCCCAUCUGCAACUAAUACCAACCAACUUGUUAGGACUCCUUACAAGGUUGUGAUACCUAUUACAAAGAUCAAGAUAGCUAGUCAGAGUGAGAAUGUGGACAAACCACAGCAGAAGUACUUAGAGAUAGUUACUGAUGAUGAUUUCGAGUUCUGGUUUAUGGGAUUCUUACGGUAUGAAAAAGCUUUCAGAAAUCUUCAGAAGGCUAUUUCUAUGAGUAUGAGCAAUCAAGAUUGAGUAGAAAGUUGAUUGAGGGGGAUUCUCCACAAUUCCCACAAAACAUGUUUUUGGAGAUAGAUUGAUGUCAUUAGAAUCAGUGACCUUUUUUUUUGUCAAUGUAUAAUGCCAAUGAGCUUUAUGUGUGUCUGUUACAUAUUAUCUUCAAGGCCACUCUUGUUUUCCAGUUA